GGAAUUUCUCAAACCAUGUUACAAGACAUUUGGCAAAAUACUAAGGAUCCUGAAAUUACCAAGCAAUUAGAAAGGAAUAUGGUUUCUAAAGAAGAAAAGACUUAUGAAAUUCUUAGCAGCUUUCUCUCCUGGCGGCAUAACAAAAAAACCAAACUUAAUAA